AAAUCGGGGGUUUAUGAAAGUUCCUGCGUGGGAACUCCAGUGGAAAUCUGUGUAACCGUGAAAUGUAACCGCUCCAUUAGUUAUGCCACCGAUUCUGUAACGGCUACUGUUUUUUGUGGUGUAGUUAAAUAACCUCACGUAGGAUUAUCGACGACCGACGCCGCGCGGGUCGCCGCUCAUCAGCUUAGCUCGCUCGCUAAAUGUCUCCUGACGUUUGACUGACACAUGGUGCGUGAGAAGGCAAAACUGCAACUCAGGGUGCGUGUCAGCGACGAGCUGUCUACGACAAUAACAUGACCGCAAACCAAGCAUGACAGCUGACACCUUAGAGAGGAGCGGUGCGAUGGACAGAAACUUUUCAUACGUGCAGAGGGAAGAGGACCCGGACUCCUCUGCGCUCUCGGGUACCAUGUCCAUUGACAAGCUCUUCCCGGCUCUCCUGGAGUGCUUUGGGAUCAUAUUAUGCGGAUACAUCGCAGGGAGGGCAAACAUCAUCACCUCCACCCAGGCUAAAGGGUUGGGCAAUUUUGUGUCCAAGUUUGCCCUCCCAGCACUGCUGUUCAAGAACAUGGUCCUGUUGGACUUUGGUAAUGUCAUCUGGCCAUUUCUCUGGGGCAUCCUCAUCGCCAAAGUCACUGUGUUUGUCAUUGUCUGUGUCCUCACGCUGAUUGUUGCCAGUCCUCACAGCCGCUAUAGUAAAGCAGGACUCUUCUCGAUAUUUGCCACACAAAGCAAUGACUUUGCUUUGGGAUAUCCCAUUGUUGAGGCCUUAUACCUGAGCACAUACCCUGAGUACCUCCAGUACAUCUACCUGGUUGCACCUGUGUCCCUGAUGAUUCUCAAUCCCAUUGGCUUCGCCUUCUGCGAGAUCCAGAAGUGGAAGAACCGGGGAAACCACCAGCAGAGCAAACUUUAUAUCAUGGGACUUGUAUUUUUACAGGUCCUGAAGAACCCCAUAGUAUUCAUGGUUAUCUUUGGCAUCAUCGCCCACUUUGUCCUGCACCAAAGAAUUCCUCCCUUCAUGGCUCAGUUUGUGGAUGGCCUGGCCAACUCUUUUGGAGGAGCAGCUCUGUUUUAUCUGGGUCUGUCCAUGGUGGGCCAGUUGGGAAAAUUAACCAGAUCCACAGUCGUCACACUGAUAUUACUUAUUACAGCAAAACUGUUGCUAAUGCCCCUGAUUUGUAAGGACAUGGUGAAUCUAUUGGACAAUAGCAACACCAGCGCUUUGAACCACUCCAGCCUCUCCAAUUAUGCCUUUCUUUAUGGAGUGUUUCCCACUGCACCAAGCGUGGCCAUCUAUGCUGUUUAUUACAACACAGAGCUAGAAGUUGUUACCUCUGGGAUGGUGAUCAGCACUUUUCUCUCCGCUCCGAUAAUGUAUGUCUCUGCCUGGUUACUCACAAUUCCUGGGAUGGAUCCUCAGCUUUUGAUGAAUUCACUGCAGAAUGUCAGCUUUAACAUAAGCAUAGUGAGCUUAGUUGCACUGGUAUGGACAAUUGCCGUCAUGUUUUUAAGUAAGAAAUUCAAGAGACUACCUCACAUGUUUACAGUCAACCUGUUCUUGGCACAGUUUCUACAUUGUAUUGGGAUGAUCGUGUGGAACUUUGUGGUGAAAGAAGACAACUUCGUUGGGCAGGUCCUGACUUUCACAUUAUUAUGUACAUCGCUCUACAGCACUUAUGUGUGGCCAGGUUUGAUAGCACUCUCUCUUGUUUUCAUGAAGAGAUUUGAGGAUCUGAAAGUUUCUCCAGGCGUUUUCGUCAUUGCAGGCUGGGGAGUUCCAGCCUUAGUAACUGCUGUGUUGCUCAUUUCUGGGGAGAAAAUGUCUGACACGAUUGACUCAUCAUUCUUUUAUGGAAAACAACAGAUAAUCUGCACCACAGUCGUAGUUGCUCUCAGUAUACUGCUGGGAGGGAGCUCGCUUGUGUGCCUCAGUAGAAAAAGCUGGGCACAAAAUGACAUCGAAAUCCCAGAGCGAGACUCUGCAAAUGAUCUCGUGACUGAAGUUGAAGCAGAAAACCAGACUCCGUUUGAGCCAGUCAACCCAUCAGGAAGUCCCAACAGAGCCUGCCUCAUAUUUGCUGUGAUCACCCCAGCCCAUGCCGGACAUGAUCAUCAUGGCACGCAUUUGCUCUUAUGUCUGCUUCUGACUGUCAACUUGCUUGCUAACUUGUCCAGCUGCUUGUGGUUGCUAUUUAACCGCGUUCCUGGUCGACUCUACUUGGAGCUGCAGUUCUUUUGUGCUGUGGCCAACUAUGGACAGGGUUUUCUCUCUUUUGCUCUCUUUGGGCUGGACAAGCAUUUGAUCAUAUUGCCAUUUAAGAAAAGGUUACACAGUCUGUGGUAUCGUAAGAAGCGAGAAGAGCAGCCACAGACUGAUUUACCUGAAGAUGUCAGGAUGACCUGCGUCCAGUUCACCAAAUACCACAAGGACCAAUGUUUUCAAGACAUUGUUCAAAAAAGAAGGUGUGGGAAGAGGACUAUGGUGGAGUGUUUUCUUGGCUGUGAACUUGUGGAGUGGCUGCAGCAGGUCGGGUUGGCUCAGGACCAUGGUGAAGCGGUACUCUAUGGAACACGGCUGCAGCAGGGCGGUGUGCUCCAACACAUCAAGCAGGAAUAUGACUUCGAAGACAGUCGGCUUCAUUACUGCUUCAUGUCCUAAAACUCAAGGGUCUUUUUUGUUUGUUUUUGUUUACCAAAAGUAAAUGGCAUUGCAGUUCAGAAGUGCAACAGAUGUGAAGCUUUAAUACCAAAAAGGCCAGUGCAUGAUGCCUUGCUUGGGGUUGGUGUAAAGGGAAAUAACAGUGUAAAGGUUAAAGGGAUUGUUUUUAACCACCUGUGUCUUAUUUUUGCAGUUUUACUUAUCAUUUUAUUUACCAGGUUAAUUGCUGAGAUCUUGAGUUGCAGCAACAUUGCUCCAAGGCUUAAUCAGGAACGAAAAAUGAGCAGUCAGAUGAUCUUGCAUGUAUGGUGAACCUGCUGUUCACCCUUCAAAACCAUUAUUUAGAUGUAGAACUGACAGUGGGAGUACUUGAAGUGGUAGUUACAUCAGUCAGAUAGUCUGUGCUCGUUGCCCUGUUUGACUCCAUUGGAGUGCUGCAUCUUUAAAUCUACAAUGAAGCCAGUGAUGGUGGUCUUUUAACUUUCAUUUUCAAAAAUAACACAACUAACAGGUAUUACGCAUUUUACAGUGAAACAGUGUAAUUAGAUUUCUUUUAAGACUUUUAAGGUAGUUAAUACAUACACUGGUACUUAUUUAUGUUGCGUCAUAGUGUGGGUGACAAAGUGCAAAGAGCUGGCCUCAAAAUAAAUUAUAGGUCCAGGUGAAAAAAAAAAAAUCCCACUACUCUGCUGAAUGUAUUAUUUCCUUUACUGGACACUUCAGGGUGUAUUAUCGCUUUUCUGCCAAAGAAAAAAAGGGAAGAUGUUAACUCUUCAUCCAUGUUAUAGCGUUUAUUUAUCGUCAAUUUAACUUAUGAUUAAGUUAGUAUAACAUGAAGCAUAAGUAGCUUUAAUAACCUGCAGUUCAACAUGACUUGGCAUUUAUAUAGAACAGUGGUUACACCUUUAGCUGUAUGCCAAUUCACUAUUUCAACAAUCAACCAAAAAGCAUUUCCCAUGUUGCCACGACUGCUAAAAUGGUUUUAUUUUUACUUUUUUUAAAGUGACAACAACAAAAGUAAACUGCCAUCACUAUUAAUAAGUGCUAACCAUAAUGUGGUAACGUGGCCCAAAGACUAAAUGCUUGAAGAAAUGAGUCACACAGCCCAGGGAGUGUUAAUGCAACGUUUAAAGAGUUCAUCUGACUUUGAAAACUAUAUUUUUCUUUUCCACAAAACCAAAAGUUGAAAAACUUGUGAGCUGUCGUGAUUCAUUUUUUCCUCUCAGGUAUAUAAGUAGAAAACUAACCAUGCUAAAUGACUGUUAUUGUGCUGGCUUUCUUAAGUGCACUGGUUUGCAUUUAUUUUUAAAUCAAUCAUGUUGAGACGGGUGUUAAAACGAUUUUAUUUUAUUCUGUAAAAAGCUGCUUAUUUAUGAUAUAGAUUUGUUUUAAAAUAAAACUGUAUUACCAAACCCUCAAA